UAUAGCUGCUUGAAGAAGUUCGGAAACACUAUAAACUUUACCAGAAUGACUAAAUACUUGCUGGGUGUUGCACUAUGCGGUUUCAUAGUAUUUGUUGUGUCACAUCCACAGUUAGAGGAAGAGCUGUACAAAAAUAGUGCACCGGAAUAUCCAGACGACGCUGAGGGUUUAAUCAAAGAAAUACCUAUUAUCCUGUUGUUACGCCUUGCACGUUCACCAGCCGAGGAGUCUUUUCAAGAAAACAAAAACGGUAGAGUUGAGCUGAAAUACGAAGAGACACCGGAGAGAGGACGUGAGGCAUCAUUCAAGUACAGCCAACAUUUGCUGAGAAGCGAUGACGGAAAUUUCGGCCUUGAUGCUUAUGCACAGGGCAAACGUAAUUAUGAUUUCAAUCAAAAUGAUUUCCAGGGCGGUCUAGAAGGUCAUUGGUAUUUUAAAAGAUAAUCAAAUCAAGAUUAAUACGUGUAUUAAUUGGUCAUUAUAAGAUAUAUUUAUUUGUGUGUAGAAAAUAUUGAAGAAAUUCUUAAAUUGAAAUAAAGAGCACUCAUGGAAAUUCAGAAAUACG